CCUGCGUCCUGGGAAAGGACCAAAGGUGUUCCAUGAUCUGAUGAUUCCUUUGAUGCUGUCCCUCCCAGCAUUGCUGAACAUCAGUCUUCUCAUCUUCCUGGUCAUGUUCAUUUACGCCAUCUUUGGGAUGUACAAUUUUGCCUAUGUUAAAAAAGAAGCUGGAAUUAAUGAUGUGUCCAACUUUGAGACCUUUGGAAGCAGUAUGCUCUGUCUUUUUCAAGUGACCAUAUUUGCUGGUUGGGAUGGGAUGCUGAAUGCAAUUUUCAGCAGUCAAUGGUCUGACUGUGAUCCUGACAAAAUUAAUCCUGGGACACAGGUCCGAGGAGACUGUGGGAACCCCUCUGUUGGGAUUUUCUAUUUUGUCAGUUACAUCCUCAUAUCAUGGCUGAUUAUUGUUAAUAUGUACGUUGUUGUGAUUAUGGAGUUUUUAAGUAUUUCUUCUAAGAAAAAAGUCAGAACCUUGAGUGAAGAUGACUUUAGGAAAUUCUUUCAGGUCUGGAAGAGAUUUGAUCCUGACAAGACCCAGUACAUAGACUCUAGCAAGCUUUCAGACUUUGCAGCUGCUCUUGAUCCUCCUCUGUUCAUGGCAAAACCAAACAAGGGCCAGCUCGUUGCUAUGGAUCUCCCCAUGGCUGUUGGAGACAGAAUUCAUUGCCUUGACAUCUUACUCGCUCUUACAAAGAGAGUGAUGGGAAAAGAUGAGAGUGUAGAGAAAGUCCUUGCAGAGAUAGAGUCAGGGUUUAUGUUGGCCAGCCCUUUCAAAAUCACAUGUGAACCUAUCACAACUACUCUGAAACGCAAACAAGAGGCAGUUUCAGCAACCAUCAUUCAGCGUGCUUAUAAAAGCUACCGCUUGAGGCAAACUGACAAAAAUACUUCAGAUAUUCAUAUAAUAGAUGAUGACAGAGAUGCUGGUUCUGCUGAAGAAGGUAUCUGUUUUGACAAAACUAAGGAAAUGUCAUCUCUUCAAAGCCAUAUCUAAUUCUACUUUGCACCUCUACUUUCACAUAUCCCUAAAACUUUAGGCACAUAAGUAAGAAAUAAGAAUAAUGGCCAGAGACUAGAGAUAAUGAUCGAGUGAUUUUAGCUUAUGGAAGUUGGAAGUUAAGCUUUUGUUCUUAAGUCUCUAUGCCAAACUCAUUCUCUUUUCACAUUUUGAUGUUCAGUCUGGCCAACCUAUCAGGAAAGGCUGUCCCAUAAUAUUGCUGCUGUUGGCUAGUGUAGGUGAAUUCAAUAUUU